CAAUGGAUGAAGAAGCCUAUUCCUCUUCCUCUUCCUCUUCACCUGUCAACCCUUCUUUCUCAAUUGCUUCUUCAAAAAGUGACAAAUUCUAUGUGAAAGUGUACAUGGAAGGCAAUCCAAUUGGCAGAAAACUCAAUCUUUUAGCUCAUGAUAGCUACCGAGGAUUGGUUAAGGCUCUUGAACAUAUGUUUAAAACUACCAUACUCUUGGCAACUGAGUUAGAUGCAGUACAAGCAGAGAGGUGCCAUGUGCUAACUUAUGAGGAUGGAGAACGGGAUUUGAUUAUGGUUAGAAAUGUGUCUUGGGAGAUGUUCUUAUCAGCUGUAAAGAAGUUGAAGAUCACCAGGCUUGACACAUUUAUGAAGAGAAGAUGA